GACUGAGGCGCGGAUAACAAUGGGAGGUGGGAGGCCUCGGUGGCUGUGGGCCUGAGGUUGUGGGGAGGGGCGGCAGGGGACGGAAGGUCGGCGCGGGUGGCCGGGCCUCCGCUGGACACAGUGGGCUGGUCCGGUCCCGAGGAGACUGGGGCGCCCCCGCCUGGGAAGGGCGGCGGCAGGAGCAGGCGAAGAGUUGUGGCUGAGGGCUGCCCGGUGUCCUUCGCUGUGAGUCAUGGCGCCGUGAAGAGGCGCCUGGUGCGGAGACCUUUCGGUCGCUCCCUUUCUUUCUCCCCCUCGGCUCAUGGUCCUGCCCCCUUGUCCCAUGGCGGACUUCGUGGUGCCGCGGCACAGCGCGGUCAUGGAGCGGCUCCGCCGGCGGAUCGAACUAUGCCGGCGGCAUCACAGCGCUUGUGAGUCCCGCUACCAGGCCGUGUCCCCGGAGCGCCUGGAGCUGGAACGUCAGCAGACCUUCGCUCUUCACCAGCGCUGCUUGCAGGCCAAGGCUAAGCGGGCCGGGAAACACCGCCAGCCGCCGCCGCCUCCGGCAGCACCCCCUCCAGCUGCCCCCUCGCAGCCGCCACCCUCCGUUCCGGCCCCGGGUUCUGCCGCUACCUCCACUUCUUCCGACAGGACCGGAGCCAAUGGCCUCGACGCCGACACCUUUCAAGGCGAGCAGCAGCAGCAGCAGCAGCAGCAGCAGCACCCGGGCCGCAGCAGCGCCCUCAUCGCGCAGCUUCACGAGACAGUGAAAAGGAAACUUGAUAGUUCUGUUUCCCCGCAGAAUGGUGACCAGCAGAAUGGCUAUGGGGAGAUGUUUUCUGUGCCCAAGAAACUGCGUCAUGAUGAUGGCAUUGGUGGUUUGAGCGGCUCCUCCAAUGGACUUCCUCCUAUAUCUCCACUGCACCAGCUGGACAGCAAAUCUUCCAGUGGAGACGCUUUGCAGCUUAAUGGAAAACAUUCCCUGGGGCUAGAUGGCAUCAGCAAAAAGUGUCUGCGGGACUCUAAUCUACAGCUGAAUGGAAGCAGUGAUGCUGAUGAUUCCUUUAGUAUGGCUUUGAACAAGGAGCUCAAACAAGAACCAGAUGACCUUCCUUGUAUGAUUCCUGGAGCAGGAAGUUCUAUAUCUCAGAACAACUUGAUGUCUGAUCUUAACCUUAAUGAGCAAGAGUGGAAGGAGCUCAUUGAUGAACUUAAUAGGUCAGUGCCAGAUGAAGACAUGAAAGAUCUCUUUACAGAGGACUUUGAGGAGAAGAAAGAUGUUGAUGCUUCAAAUUCAGCAGCACAAACUCCAUUGCCACAAGACAUCAUUGUUAAGACUGAAUUUUCUCCAGCAGAUUUUGAGCAAGAGCAGAUGGGGUCUCCACAAGUCAGAUCUAAUUCCUCUGGCACAGCCUUUAUUGGAAACUCUUCUGUGCCUGUUAGUGCUGCUUCUCCAGUGGUUGGUAAUUCUCAGAAUAUGUUUCAGCCAUCCAAUCAGUCAGUGACUGAAAAUCCUAAUCAUCAAUCCAUGAUGCAGCCAUCAAACCAGUCUCAGAAUGUGCAGAGGCCUCUACCUAAUUCUGUAGUACCUGGACAGAAUACAGGAAGUGCCAAAGACAUGUCAUCUGCUCAACAGCUUCAGCAGAUAGCUGCCAAGCAGAAGAGAGAUCAGUUGUUGCAGAACCAACAGCAAGUUCACCAGCCCAGUCAGAUUUCCAGUUGGCAGCAAUCUGGACCUUCUCAUAGUCCAUUAGCUGUCCCAUAUAGUAUGGAAAAUCCUACUAGCCCUUCAGUUUACCAACAGGACUUCAGUAACCAGAAACUCAUGAUGUCUAAUAUGCCAAACAAGAGUUCUCCCAGGGCAGGAGGCAAUUAUCACUCUGGAAGUAUUCUAAGCCAUCAGCCAAACAGUUUAAACCAGAACUCUGUACCUAGUCAAAGCUCUGUAUUGGACUAUGGGAACACAAAACCUCUUUCACAUUACAAAGAAUGCGUGCAGGGGGCUACAGUGCCUGCACAGAACAAGACUCCUAUGUUGGCCUAUAUGCAGCAGCGUCAACAGGCUCCACUGCCUCAUAUGAAUGAAGAGCAGAAUGCAAUAUUUGUAAUGAAGCAGAAGUCUGGAAAUAUGGCCUACAGACCUCUAGUACCACAUAGCCAGGAUCAAAAUUCUUCUGCUAAUGUUCCUCGCAUUCCUGUUUCUGUUCCUGGCCCUGGGGUGAAUGCACAGCCUCCGAAUGUUUCCAUGGCAGGUAACCAUGGCAGCACAGCCUAUCUCAACAGUCCGCAGCAAGCAGCUGUAAUGAAGCACCAAAUGCUACUAGAUCAGCAGAAACAGAGGGAACAGCAACAAAAACAUUUAUUAAUGGAGCAACAGAAACAGUUUCUCAUGGGCCAGAGGCAACUUCUUGCUGAACAGGAGAAGCAAAGGCAUCGAGAGCAGCAGCUCCAGAGGCAUCUGACUCGGCCACCGCCUCAAUAUCAAGACCAGACACAGAAUCCUUACCAACAGCAGGUUGGGCAGUUCACAGGCUCAUCGCCAGCUAUGGCAGGGGUGAAUAAUUUAGGUCAGUCCAACUCCAGCAGUCCACGCUUGUUUUCUCAGACUCAGAACAUGAUUCAGAUUGGAACGGGACACAAUUCUGUCGCAUCAAGCUCUGGUCAGCAGGAUCAAGGUGUGACUCAGUAUACUGGAAUGCAGAACAUUCAGCGUAGUGGUUUAUACAGCAUGACAUCUGGUAUAACACAGAUGGUUCAACAGCAUGCAACUUCGAGUGCCAGUGGACAGCCACAGAUGCAAAGACAACCCAAUUUGGCCCAGGGCACGGCUCUUCCUGCUGGUUAUGGACAGGGCUCCCUAGGAAAUGCAGGCAUUUCUCAGCAGCACAGUAAAGGGGUGCUGAAUCCAACAUUAUCUAAGCCACAGAUGGCAAGAAUGCCAACAGCCAUUGGGGCUCAAAAUCCAUCAUGGCAGCACCAAGGAAUGUCAAACAUGAACAACCAGGCACAAGGGAAUAAUGGCUUAGGGGCAUUUACAGCGAGUUCUACUUUCCAUAUGCAGCAGUCUCACCUAAAGAUGACCAACCAACAGUUUGCACAAGGGAUGCCUCAGGUAAGUCUAAACACCAGCAGGCCAAUGGCCUCUAUGAACACGGCUGUGUCUGGACAGAUGCUGCCAUCUAUGGGUGCUCAACAAAGGACAAACCCUCCUUCCCAGCAACCAGUACCAUCACAACAGAUUUUGCCAGGCAUGAGUCAAGCUGUCCAAGAUCUGACUGCGUUCAGCCAGAAUCAAAGUCAGCAGCUGCCCAACAGAGCCAAUCUGCACUGUAAUCAGGGUUACCCAGUGAGGACAACUGGUCAGGAACUACCUUUUGCCUAUAGCAACCAAUCAGGCAAUAAUGGACUACAGAGCUUAACUGGGGAUACAGAUCUCAUAGACACUUUGUUGAAAAACAGGACUUCGGAAGAGUGGAUGAAUGACCUGGAUGAAUUGUUAGGGAAUCAUUAAAAUUACAUUUGGGGGAUUUUCUGGAUUUUAUCGCAUAUUAUACUUGGACCAAAUACCUGUGGCAUUUAGAAGAUUCACAGGGCACUAGUGGGAAUGUAUUAGAGCUGCUCCCUUCUGGGUUUAAGACAUGAGAAUUAUACACCAAUAUGAUAGGAAUAGCAUAGUCAUUUUUGUAGUGUGUUUGGAACACUGUGCAAAACAAAAGUCCAGGUCAGUUUGUUAUGCAUUCGACCUUCCUAAAUUUCACUUUUACAGUGUUUGGCAUUGAAGAGUAAAUGCAAACUUGUGCAGUGGUGGUGCAGAGAGUAAGGAGACUCCAAAUAUUCAGUGUUAAGGCAAUCUUUCCUGCAGUUAGUACUUAAUAGCAUCUUCAUCCUAGCCUGGCCUCUUAGUUAUUGCAAUUAGCACCCUGCCUGCAUUUUUUUGAAGAGAGAGUGUUCAAUGUUUCUUCCUUUGCAGGAUCCACUCUAGUUCGUUAGGGUGAUCUUCUGUUCAUCAGUAAUAUGUAUUUCUCAUCAAGCAGGUUGGGAGAUUUCAGAAUCUAAUGAGUUUAUAUGCUGGAGAUUGUCUGGUGUUAACAUGGCCAAGGAGAGAUUUGUAAGGAUGUAAACUGGGGACCCCAAGUCUUAAUGGGCUUAAGCUAAGCAAUUUGCACUCUGCUGUGGAGGAAGGCUGGUUUUUAGAAGUUUUUUUUUUUUAAGAGUCUGACUUAAAAUCAGGUGUGUGCACUUUUCCUAUAUUCUUUCCAGCAUUCAUUGUCUUUAAAUGAGUGAGUUGGAUUGAUUUUUCCUCUUUGAUUCAGAGGGCAUUUAAAUUUAUAAAUUUUUGUUGCCACGCACAUGCUGUACCAAUAAGCACAGAAUCUGUUAUUUUUGGUGAAGCAUGUGAAGGAAGCUUUUGUGCCUUGGAAGUCAUUAGUAACAUUAACAAUUUUGCAAUAAUGGCAUGAGGAAUGAGGGGGUGGGGGUAAAAAGGCGUAAUACUUUAUUAAAAGUUGUCCCAUUGUGAAAGUCCUCUUCACACACACACACACACACACACACACACACACACACACCCUUUGAAAAUGUUUGUUCUGUAGUUUGAUCUCCUUAUAAAUAUGUAGACUAAUCUCCAGUGAAGCAGAUGCUGCUAUUUCAUCAUGGUCCGUGGAGACCCUCUCAUGGAUGUUUAGGGUCCAUUCCAUGCUUGGCAAGCAAAGGAGAGAAUUGUUUUUAACAUGUUACCAAAAAUAUUUCUGCUUGCCAACAAGCCACCUUUUGCCUUAACCUUUAGUUUAUAAAGGUAAUAAAUUUGAAAGUUGUUUUAGAUGCAAAGAUACCUCUCUGGUCCCUGUUCCAUUUUACCUCCUAUUGUAAGGAUUCUUAAUUAUUUCAUAAUACCUUUAACUGAAAAUCUAAUAAUUUCCUUCUGAAAACCAGGAGUAUAUUUACACAAGGCAAGUUUGGAGAUUUGAGAGGGAUAUAUUUUAGGGUGGGGAACAAGGGAAAACAGUUAAAUAACAGGAAGGAUAUGUUUUACUGUAUCUGCAGUGUUUUUCUGAAAUGUGCACUUUGGAAAAAUAAAUCUGCUUUAACACUACUCUUUAUUUAAUCUUUUCCGGAAUUACUUAUGGAUAUUACUUUUGUUAUAUAUGCUUGCCAGCCAUGAGCAAGUUAUGUAUGCUGUGCUAAACAAAAUUUUGUAUUAUAUCAUGAUGGACUGUUUAUAGGGAUAAAUGGUGAAAGUUGCGUAUUGAGUGGUUCCAUUGCUGAAUGUCCAAAUUUAAGCCAAUUGCAUUGCUAGUAUGAUUUUUUAAAAAACUUUGAUUUCUAGGGGGUUAAUUUAAUUAAUAAAACUUUGAUGUCACUGAUAUUGUAAGUAAAUUAGAUUAGGAUUCAAUUUACUAAUCUUUUCUGCAAGUCAGCAGUUGAGCAAAAUUAUUUGUGAGUUUGGUUUAAUCAAAGAAAUGGCCUAAGACAAAUGUCAUCAGGAAAAUCUCCUGUUGAUCUCUGUAGCUGCUUUUUGGGCCAGGGAGAGGGGAGGUGAUAGUACUUGUUCUGUAAAUAUUUGGGGAAUUUUGCACCAGUGUGCCUUCUUUCCUUAUUGGAGGUGCUUGGGACCUCAUAUUUCUUAACUAUUGUCUGGGUUCUGCUGAUUUCUCUCUUAGGAACACUGAAGAAUGGCAGUUUUGAUGAAAUUUAAAUACUUUAGGUUAGUAGUUGGAUUUGUGAAUUGGAAUUUAAGAUUUUUUAAAUGCCACCCCUUAACGUGUCUGAUUCUAUAGUCAGAUUUUUGUAGCCAAUUUAACGUUCUUGCAACAAAGUAAAAGUAAAAUGUUGAUGGGAUAUCUCUCUUCCCCGAUCUUUAUUCUGGUACACAGGACUUAUCAACUGUUACCACAUGCAAUGUAACGUCUAUUCAAAUGUAAUUUUAAACAAACUAGCUUAGAAUAUUCUUAGAGUGGCAUGUGUUAAAUCCGUUUAAAUGAAGAUUUACAAACUUUUAAAUUAUAACCCACACAAUGGCAAUUCGAUGUCUGUCCCAAGCAAAAUUGUCCCAAUCUUUAAAAGGUGGCUUUGGCAGAAAAAUAUUCAGGUGCUGUGCAGUGCUCAUAAAGUAUGGAGGCUCAGUGGAGAAGUUCUGAGCCCUGCCCUUCAGUCCCUUGUAGCAGUUCAUAAAAGAAUAUAUGCACUUGGGUUUCCAUUUGCUGCAGCUUCAGAGCAAUAAGAUGUGGCUCCUCUGAGUUUUACCUAGCCAACUGCCUCGACUUUAUUUAUAGACUGUGGUUAUGGACAGGUGAAAGGGGGUGAGAAUGACACUGUUCAACAUCCACUGCCUUCCAAAAACCCACUACACAAUUGAAAAGGGUGCUUGGUUUUCUAUUCUACACAUUUUCUUUGUGUAAAUAAAUGUUUACAAUUUUUAUAUUAAAGAUUGAAUAAGAGUUAGAUCUUCUGAGUGUAUAUUUUUUACUUUUUUAUGUAUUUUAAAACUAUAAUUCUUUAUAUAUGUGUGUGUGUGUGUGUGU